AUGCUUUGCUAUCUGCUGAUACACAUUCUCUGUUUGCAAGCAGUCCUAGGAGUACCAUAUGACGUUCUACCAUUACGCAUACCAGCCCUUGUUCCAAAGGAUACAAGUCUGUUAUCGGGCCGUGGCGCGUUUCAGCAGCUCAUAGACCACACAAAUUUGGAUGUAGGAACCUUCUCCCAAUCGUAUUGGUUCAACACUACGUACUGGGGAGGUCCAGGGUCUCCAAUAAUUUUCUACACACCUGGUCAACAUGCGGCUACCGAUCGUCUACACUAUCUAACAGAUACAACCUUGCCUGGCCUCGUGGCUAAAGAGGUCAGGGGUGCUGUCGUUCUAGUUGAGCAUCGUUAUUUUGGAGAAUCACAACCUUUUAGCAAUCUUUCUACCGCCAACUUACAGUACCUUACACUAGAUCAAGUCCUCGCCGAUUUCGUGCAUUUCGCACGUACAGUUGACCUUCCCUUUGACCUUAGCGGACAGUCACAUCCGUCACGCGCACCAUGGAUAUGGAUUGGCAAUUCAUAUUCUGCUGCGCUCGUGGCCUGGACUGAAAAGUUGAUACCUAACGUAUUCUGGGCCUACUAUGCAAGUGGCGCGAUGGUAAACUGUAUGCAGGAUUUUUGGCAGUUCAAUUAUCCUACUCAGCAGGGAAUGCCGCAGGAUUGCAGAUACAGUUUAGAGGCAAUAAUCAGUCACGUUGACAGCGUUUUCCUAUCUGGCUCGCCAGAGCAAAAGCACAGGCUGAAGACACGUUUUGGUCUGCAAGACUUGGAUCGCCUGGAUGAUACGGCAAGUGCUCUGUCACGGCCUGUCAUCGCAUGGACUUUGAUUCAACCGAGCGAUACGCAUGCCCAGUUCUUCGAAAUGUGCGAUGCUAUUGGGAAUCUUAAUUCCUCUUGGAGCCGUGGCCAUAAGGUUGGAAGCGAAAUCAAUCUUCAAAAGGCGCUGGGAAACUACGCUAACUGGUUCACAACAUCCUAUCUUCCUGGUUUAUGUGAGAGCUCCGGCUACAGCGAUUGGGCAGGCCGGAAUAACGUGCAAUGUCUUGACACUGCAAAUCCCUCUUGGCAAGCGUUCCAUGAUCUUGCCGUACAGAAUGAGGACCGAGUCUGGGAUUGGAUGAUAUGUAAUUUUUUUUUGCUCUGGCAAACAGGUGCCCCAGUUAGCAGACCUACCAUAUUUAGUCGCCUCGUGGAUUCUAUGUAUUACAAACGGCGAUGCAAACUCAUCUUUCCUGAAGAAGAAAACGUUACAUAUGCAGCACGGGUAACAGACGACUCAAUUAAUACGUUGACCGGAGGUUGGAACCACACAGGAAAGCGAAUCCUAUUUACCAACGGUGAGUUCGACCCCUGGCGUUCAGCGUCUGUAUCUUCUGUCUUUCGGCCCGAUGGGCCGAUGCAAAGCACAUCGCAACAGCCAAUCAUCUUAAUCAAGGGGGUACAACACCAGGCCGAUAUGUACGUUCGCAACCGCAUAAACAAAGACGUCAGAGAGGCUAUGGAUACUGGCAUUGCGCAGAUAUCUAGAUGGGUACUGGACUUUCACGUGGAAAAAAGCAAAACUCUUACGCAAUAUACUUCUCAAGUAUAUUGUGCACACUAG